GAAGCUCUGCGCCAUGAGGCUCAGGCUGAGGAUCAAUACCCGGACAGAGCAGGACCACACUCUCCUCUGGGGCGACCGGAAAAACACCGCGGAACUGCGAAAUACAAAGUUAGCUCCUCAUUAACAUCUUUUACGCUGUAAAGUCAGUGUACGCAGACGACGUUAACGAUGAUGAACGGACAAAUGAAUGGUUUUCAUAACUCCCUCAUUGACGAGGACUGCUUCUUGUUCACCUCAGAGUCGGUUGGAGAAGGACAUCCCGACAAGAUCUGCGACCAGAUCAGUGAUGCGGUAUUGGACGCUCAUCUCAAGCAGGACCCUGAUGCCAAAGUUGCAUGCGAGACUGUUGCCAAGACUGGGAUGAUCCUGUUGGCAGGUGAGGUGACCUCACAUGCCACGGUGGACUACCAGAAGGUUGUUCGUGACUGCAUUCGCCAAAUUGGUUAUGAUGACUCCUCUAAAGGAUUUGAUUAUAAAACCUGCAAUGUUUUGGUGGCCUUGGAGCAGCAGUCUCCUGAUAUUGCCCAGGGUGUUCACAUUGACCGCAAUGAGGAGGACAUUGGCGCAGGAGACCAGGGCUUGAUGUUUGGAUAUGCCACUGAUGAGACUGAGGAGUGCAUGCCUCUCACAAUUGUCCUUGCCCAUAAGCUCAAUGCCAAGAUGGCUGAGUUGCGACGCAAUGGCACUCUUCCAUGGCUCCGUCCUGACUCAAAGACACAGGUUACUGUGCAGUACCGCCAGGACCGCGGGGCCAUGCUUCCAGUGCGUGUGCAUACAAUUGUCAUCUCUGUUCAGCAUGAUGAGGAUAUCUGCCUGGAGGAGAUGAGAGAUGCCCUGAAGGAGAAGGUAAUCAAGGCUGUCGUCCCCUGCAUCUAUUUGGAUGAUGACACAAUCUACCAUCUGCAGCCCAGUGGCCGGUUUGUAAUUGGAGGCCCACAGGGAGAUGCUGGCCUGACCGGGCGUAAAAUCAUUGUUGACACUUAUGGAGGUUGGGGUGCUCAUGGUGGUGGGGCCUUCUCUGGGAAGGAUUACACGAAGGUGGACCGCUCGGCUGCUUAUGCUGCUCGCUGGGUGGCUAAGUCUCUGGUGAAAGCUGAGCUCUGCAGGAGGGUAUUGGUUCAAGUGUCCUAUGCCAUUGGAGUUGCCCACCCCCUCUCCAUUUCUAUCUUCCACUAUGGGACUUCACACAAGAGUGAGAGGGAGCUGCUUGACAUUGUGAAGAAGAACUUUGAUCUCCGCCCCGGAGUCAUUGUCAGGUAACGCAUAUGUUCUGAAGCCACCUGUAAUGCUUCUGCAGCUCCUGGCUUCUUCCCGUUUCCUCCACUUUCAGUAUUGCAUUUAUGUUUUGCUGCCCAGUGAUCAAGGUUAAUUUAUUUGAAGUGAUUGCUUAUCUAGCAACUUUUUGCUUCAGCUGGCACUUAUUUUUGACUGCUGGGAUUAAAUGCUAUGAGAUGGCUAUAUCUUUUUCUGCUUAAUCAAAUGGCAUAGCCUACUGCUAAAGGCUACACACUGGGCGUACUGUUGGAUUAAUAUCGCAUGUAUGCAUUUUUGAAGGCACACAUAUUGGCAUAAUAAAGCCUUGUAGCUCAUAGUUAGGUGUGUCCUUUUUGUAAAGUGGAUGAGUGUGGUUUCCAUCUGCAAGCUGCAGUUGCCACUCAACUCAACGAGUUGGUUGGCAGGGUAAGUGUCGAAGCUUCAUGCGUUAUUUUUGAAAAAAAAUUUUCUACUCCUUAGUCGGUUUAACAAGCUUUUUUCCGUUAUUUUGUGGUGGCUCUCGACACUCCCCACUGGCCAAUGUCAGCGUUAUGGCUGUGUGAGUAUGGAUGCUUGCAUCUGAAGUUUAUGGGUGUGAUUGCUGCUAAAUAUAUUGAUUAUGUAUUCCAGGGAGCUGGAUCUGAAGAAGCCCUUGUAUCAGAGGACCGCAGCCUAUGGCCACUUUGGCCGAGACUCCUUCCCAUGGGAGGUGCCCAAAAAGCUCAAAUACUAAACCUGUUAAGCUUUUCCCCCCAGGCCUGUUGGUGUAUACUACAGAGAAGCCUCCAAGGUUCCGGGGGUGAAAUGCCCUUAUCUUUUCACAUAAUGGUAUCUUUAAGACAUCACUCCCUUCCUCACUCCACCUCCCUCCUUUUUGUCUUGUUACUGGUUGCAGUAUCGUAUUGGGUCCUAGGCGGCAUGCCUCAGAAAGUUGAUGUUGAAAUAGCUGAAUGGGUUCCAUGAACUCAUGCAUCAUUGUAGUUAAUGUAGUCCCACGUCUUGAGAUGCCCCUGCUUCUUGUUCUUGUAGACCCCGUAUAGCUACACCUCGGUCGUUUUCUCUUGGCAUUCCACACUCCGUCAGUAUUGUCAGUUUUCUAUUUACUGUCAUGGCGGUAGCAUAUUAGGCUAUUUGGGAUACCCCUCUUAAUGUAAUGGUGCUACUGAUGUAAGGAGUCUAUGCGACAGCUAAAAUGUGUCCAUUUAGAAGCAUAAUUUGCCAGUUGGAUGGUCCACUGAUGCAUCCCCUCAGACAGGUUUAGCUUCUCUCAAACAUUCCUCCUUUGUCAGUCUCGUACAAUAUCUCCUGUGACCCACUGUUCCUUAUCGUGUUUUGUUAGCUUUAUUCCCUCGUUUCUGUGGAGGAUGCUAGAAUGGCACAAUAAAAUUUCAUGGGUUGUUGCUGUUUUCACUAAAAUGCUAUGCAUUGCAGGCUAAGGGGUGAGCCAAAUCCUAAUUAUUCAAGCUCUCAAAUGAGCUUAAAGCCUCUGAUGCCCCUACAGACCUUUGCUGUUUUCUGACGUAAUACAGAAAAGUCAGAAGCUGCUAUGUCCCUGCUCUGGUCUGCAGAGGUAUUGGUUAUACUUGAUAGGGAUGGAAAAUUUGGAUUGUUACACAAUGAAAUUCAAUUUUAAAUGAGUCCUUUUUUUAAAAAAAAAAAUGUAAAUGUAGUUUGACUUGCUUUUUUAUGGUUUGAAGUGACUAAAGGCCCUUUUACUCCUUAAGUAUAAUGAUGGCAGGUGUAGCUACAGAGAAACCUGGUUCCUGUCAUUAUUCUUAAAGGAGGGAUUCCUCGUCUCAGUAUAACCUCAACACUAUUUAUUUGUUCUCUGAAACUCUGCGUGGAUACAGAGAAGCUGAAGUUUCAGAAGGCAGCUUUAAACAUUUGGUUAUUCAAUCUUGAAUUCCUUUUGACUUGAUAAUUUUCUUAGUGUUUGGCUUGAGGCUCCAAAGUGUUGUACAGAAAAGCUUUGUUGUGCCUCAACAAGAAAGUGUCACUGGCUCAUGUUAUUGACUAUGACAAUUCUUUUUUUAAAAAUUUAACUACAGGUCAUAUUUUUAAGGUUGGUUAGAUUUUGAGACCCCCUCCCCCAUUAAAAUGUCCGGUGCAAUUCUUUGGCUCUUACUUAUCCUCAUAAAUGGGAUGGCAACAUUUGGUUGGUGUAGUACAGAGAAACCAGCUUUGUUUACAUGGCCAUUCCAUUGUAGGAUAGUUUUCAAGUUUUAGUUUUCUUCCCUUUUUGCCACUCGGAGGUCAUCCCGUUGGCUACAGUAAGUGUAAGAGUGCCUUUUCUAUUUCCUCUACUCCAUUCGUUUUACUCCCCUCGUACAAACAUGCGUUCAGCUCCAGAGGAACAAGUAGCUCAUACUGUAUUCUGCUUCAUGUCUAAAUUGGGUAGUUUCAUUAUGCUCUGUAAUAAAAAACUACUCCUUUCAAA